AUGGAUAAAAUUUUUAAAUCGAUUACGAGCCGGCCGGCAUUGUAUAGAACUUUAAUAAAUGAGCAAUGCGAGCAGACGUCUAGUAAAUUGUCUGCGAAACGUAUACUUGCAUUUAAUAGAACGUUAUCGACGCGAGAAUAUUCAACGAUUCUUCCCACUGGUAUUAGACACUUGUACGGCAAUGAAACUCCAGUUUGUAUGCUGUCUUCUAAACACAGUCUUCUGAUAUAUAAUCAUCAGAGACGCAGCAUGUUUAUCCAGACACAAGAUACACCGAAUCCGAAUAGUCUAAAAUUUAUUCCAGGAGUACCAGUAUUGGGAGAAGGUUGUACGAAAGACUUUCCAAGUGCUAAGGACGCCUAUUGUUCGCCGCUUGCGAAAAUGUUAUUUCGCAUUGAAGGAGUAAAAGCGAUAUUUUUCGGUCCUGAUUUCAUCACGGUUACGAAACUCGAUGAAGAUGUAGAAUGGAAAUUGUUGAAACCGGAGAUAUUUGCUACUGUCAUGGAUUUUUUUGCGAGCGGAUUACCGAUUAUGGACGAAACUUCUCAACCUGCAGCGGAUACACAAAUCAAUGCAGACGAUGAUGAGAUUGUUCAGAUGAUUAAAGAAUUACUGGAUACACGAAUACGUCCUACAGUGCAAGAGGACGGUGGUGACAUCGUAUUUAUGGGUUUCGAGGAAGGUAUUGUGAAAUUGAAAAUGCAAGGUUCCUGUACCAAUUGUCCAAGCUCGGUAGUCACAUUAAGAAACGGCGUGCAAAAUAUGAUGCAAUUUUACAUCCCUGAAGUGCUUGGAGUCAUACAAGUGGAGGACGAAACGGAUAAAAUUGCCGAGAAAGAAUUUCAAAAAUUUGACCAAAAAAUUAGCAAUAAUAGUAAAGAUAAAUAGGUAGUGAUCAUAGUCGGUUGUAGACGAUAAUGUAUCUACACAUCGUCUUGUAAUUCUAUAACUACAAACGUUCUACAUUAUAUUGUUUAUUUAUAAAUAACAAAACUUAUAAAUAA